UCUGGAGCCAUCCUGAUGGCUUUGGGGGCCUUGCUUCCAUUUUCCAUUAUUAUGUGGACUACCGGAGCGACAGCGCAGUCCAAGACCUUGCAGGUUUGUGAUGAGGAGGGAGCUCACAUCUUCUCUCCGCUUCUUCAUCCUCUUUUUAAACCAAUUUAGACGUAGACUUAGUCCCGAUUCAGAAUCAAAUACAUGAUUAGCUAACGGGAGUGAGAAAGGGAUAGCCUAAAUUAGUUUUCGUGCCUGUCAUCUGAGUAUGUAAGGAAAAGUAUUUUUCCCCGGUUUGUUUUGUUGUAUUUUUUCUCCUUCUCAGCAGGCGCUUGCUGUUGUGUUCUUUCGCGACAUUCUAACAGCAAAAUAUUCUAUUUUUUUGUUUUAAGUCGUAUAUUCGCCUGAUCAUUCUUAUUGCUGGGAGAUGGAUCCGCAUGAUGGAAUUGCCCCUCUCGAUAUUCUGACACUUUGCCGGGUACCACGAUUUAACUAAAUAGGCUAGGUAAAGAGAGAACAUUUUGAAAUUUUAGACAUCCUCGUCGGAUCAAAUCCGAAAUCGUCACCUAUCACAGACUACGGAUGGUUUAAAACGCGCUCCGCAUAAUUGGUGAGAUAAGAACAGGAUUACGCGCAGGUAGCGUGCUUGCUUUGUGUUGAAUGCGAUAUAUCAGAGCGAAUCUGGGAAACUUCAGCGGUUUUCUGUAGGAUGUCGCGCCGCAAGCAAGCUAAACCAAGAUCCCUGAAAGUAGAAGACAAUGUGACUGAGGAGCAGCUCACCCCAGGCCAGACUGCCGUAGCAAGCGAUCCAGACUUCGGCCAAGAGGGGGUGGCGGAGGAUGCGGAGGACAGCCGUCUGAGCAAGAGGCGUCUGUCUCCGGAGCAGGGCGAGGAGGGGGAGGAGGAGGACGAGGAGGCCACACUGCACAGCUGCGACGGCUGCCGGCAGGUGUUCGAGUCACUGAGCGAUCUCACCGAACACAAGAUUAAUCAAUGCCAGCUGACAGACGGAGCCGACCUUGAGGAUGACCCUUCCUGCUCUUGGCCCGCGUCGUCCCCCUCCAGCAAAGACCAGACGUCCCCCGGCCACGGCGAUGACUAUGACUUCGGAGAAGAGGAAGGCGGCCCCGGCCUGCCGUACCCGUGCCAGUUCUGCGACAAGUCCUUCAGCCGCCUGAGCUUCCUGAAGCGCCACGAGCAGAGCCACGGCGACAAGCUCCCCUUCAGCUGCACCUUCUGCAGCCGCCUCUUCAAGCACAAGCGCAGCCGCGACCGCCACGUCAAGCUGCACACCGGCGACAAGAAGUACCACUGCGGCGAGUGCGAGUCGGCCUUCUCGCGCAGCGACCACCUCAAGAUCCACAUGAAGACGCACGCCUCCAACAAGCCGCACAAGUGCCCCGUGUGCCGACGCGGCUUCCUCAACUCCAGCUCGCUACACGGACACAUGCAGGUGCACGAGCGGGGCAAGGACGGCGGCGGCAGCGGGGCAUCUUCGGUGGUAGGGGCAGGCAGCCGUGGCGCCGAGACGAGUAAGUGCAGCCGCUGCGAGGAAGGCUUCGACGUGCCCGAGGAGCUCCAGAGGCACAUCGCCGAGUGCCACCCUGAGUGCUCCCCCUCUGAGGAGGGCACAGUGGGGCCCGGCCUGCAGUGCAUCUACUGCCACGAGCCCUUCGGUGACGAGGGCACCCUGCUGACUCACAUUGACCAGGCUCACAGCCGCGACAGCCGCAAGGGCCACACAUGCGCCGUCUGCUCCGAGCACUUCCCCACCGUGGAGGAGCUCUACACCCACAUGGACGUCCAUCAACUGCCCGAGUCCAGCAACCACAGCAACAGCCCCUCCCUGCUCACUGUGGGCUACACCUCCGUCUCUAGCACCACCCCAGACUCCAACCUCUCCGUGGACAGCUCCACCAUGGUGGACUCGGCGCCGCCGGUCCCCAAGACCCGCGGCCGCAGGAAGAGGACCGCCCAGCACAGCUCUGACAUGCCCACCCGGUCGGCCAAGCAGUCCAAGAUCGCCUACAGCUGCAUCUACUGCAACAAGCAGGUGUUCUCCAGCCUGGCCGUGUUGCAGAUCCACCUGAAGACUAUGCACCUGGACAAGCCGGAGCAAGCGCACACCUGCCAGUUCUGCUUGGAAGUGCUGCCGUCCCUGUUCAAUCUCAACGAGCACCUGAAGCAGGUGCAUAACGUGGAGGACACCUCUGCUUUGCUGGCCUCUCUCUCAGAUGCCCUGCUCCAGUGCAACUUCUGCCCAGAGGUCCUCGGUGACCUCAACGCCCUUCAAGAGCACAUCCGCUGCUCCCACGGCUUCCCCAGCCCUGUGGCCAAGGAGAGCAACGCUUUCUUCUGCCCGCAGUGUUUCAUGGGAUUCCUGACCGAGGCCACACUAGAGGAGCACGUCCGCCAAACUCACUGCGAUUCAGGCAGCCUUCGUUUCGACUCCCCGCUGGCCGUCAGCUCCAAGGACCCCAUCGUGGAGGUCUACUCCUGCUCGUACUGCACCAACUCGCCCAUCUUCAACAGUGUCCUGAAGCUCAACAAGCACAUCAAGGAGAACCACAAGAACAUCCCACUGGCGCUGAACUACAUCAACAAUGGGAAGAGGGCCUUUAGGGCUCUGAGUCCCUCGUCGCCUAUCUCCGUGGACACAGCUCUGCUCAAGCACGCCACGUCCUCGCGCUCGGCCAGCGAGUUCAUCUGCAACCAGUGCGGGGCCAAAUACACCAGCCUCGACCUGUUCCAGACUCACCUGAAGACUCAUCUGGACAGCGUGGUGCCCCAGCUCACCUGCCCCCAGUGCAACAAAGACUUCCCCAACCAGGAGUCCCUGCUGAAGCACGUCACGGUGCACUUCACCAUCACCUCCACGUACUACAUCUGCGAGAGCUGCGACAAGCAGUUCACCUCGGUGGACGACCUGCAGAAGCACCUGCUGGAGAUGCACACCUUCGUGUUCUUCCGCUGCACGCUCUGCCAGGAGGUGUUUGACUCCAAGGUGUCCACGCAGCUGCACCUGGCCGUCAAGCACAGCAACGAGAAGAAGGUGUUCCGCUGCACCUCGUGCAACUGGGAUUUCCGGCACGAGACGGAGCUGCAGCUGCACGUGAAGCACAGCCACCUGGAGAACCAGGGCCGCGUGCACCGCUGCAUCUUCUGCGGCGAGUCCUUCAGCACCGAGGUGGAGCUGCAGUGCCACAUCACCACGCACAGCAAGAAGUACAACUGCCGCUUCUGCAGCAAGGCCUUCCACGCCAUCAUCCUGCUGGAGCGCCACCUGCGCGAGAAGCACUGCGUGUUCGAGGGCAAGGCCCAGAACUGCGGCGCCAACGGCUCCACCUCGGCCGGAGUGGACCCCGUGUCCAAGGACGACCCCGAGCUGCAGGGACUCAUGAGCAACAACCACGGCAACGCUGGAGGAGACGGACCAGUCCGAGGAGGACGUAGUGAAGGAGGAGGAGGAGGUGCUGCAGGAGCUGGGGAGACGCACAACAGCCAUGAUGGCAGCGAGGAGGAGGUGGACACCUCGGAGGUGAUGUACAGCUGCGACAUAUGCGGUGCCUCCUACACCAUGGAGUCCCUGCUGACCAACCACCAGCUCCGCGACCACAACAUCCGGCCCGGUGAGAGCGCCAUGCACAAGCGCAAGGCCGACAUGAUCAAGGGUAGCCACAAGUGCAACGUGUGCUCGCGGACGUUCUUCAGCGAGGCCGGCCUGCGCGAGCACAUGCAGACCCACUUGGGCCCCGUCAAGCACUACAUGUGUCCCAUCUGCGGCGAGCGCUUCCCCUCGCUGCUGACCCUGACGGAGCACAAGGUCACGCACAGCAAGAGCCUGGACACGGGCAGCUGCCGCAUCUGCAAGAUGCCCCUGCAGAGCGAGGAGGACUUCCUGGAACAUUGCCAAAUGCACCCGGACCUGCGCAACUCCCUGACCGGCUUCCGCUGCGUCGUGUGCAUGCAGACGGUCACGUCCACCCUGGAGCUGAAAAUCCACGGCACCUUCCACAUGCAGAAGACCGGCACCAUGUCCACCAACCACCCAGUGGGCCGCCCGGUACAAACCCACCAGCACGUUCAGCACCAACAGGCGGCUCAGAGGCUGUUCAAGUGUGCCUCCUGCCUCAAGGAGUUCCGCUCCAAGCAGGACCUGGUGAAGCUGGAUAUCAAUGGCCUGCCGUACGGGCUGUGUGCCACCUGUGUGACUGCAAGUGGCCGCAAGAGCUCCAGCCCCACCAUGAACGGUGCCAAGCAGCAGCACCAGGCAGGACUGUCUGCCUCCGGCGGGCCCACGGGCGCCUGGGGCCAACCCGGGGACAGCCUGAGCCCCAGCGACGCUAAGGGCAAGGCGGCCUCUUCCUCUGCCUCCUCGACGUCGUCCAUCUCUUCCUCGGCCGCCGCGAAGACCCGUUGCUCCAGCUGCAACGUGAAGUUUGAGUCCGAGGCCGAGCUGCAGACGCACGUGCAGGUGGUGCACAAGGAGCAGGCGGGGGAUGGAAGCAGCGGUGGGCAGCUACGCACCCCUCAGGUGUCCCCGAUGCCCAGGGUGAGCCCAGCGCAGACCGACGAGAAGAAGACCUACCAGUGCAUCAAGUGCCAGAUGGUUUUCUACAGCGAAUGGGACAUUCAAGUCCACGUCGCCAAUCACAUGCUUGAAGAGGGGCUGAACCAUGAGUGUAAGCUGUGCAACCAGACCUUUGACUCGCCCGCCAAACUACAAUGCCAUCUCAUCGAGCACAGCUUCGAGGGGAUGGGCGGCACCUUCAAGUGCCCCGUGUGCUUUACAGUAUUUGUUCAAGCGAAUAAGCUCCAGCACCAUAUUUUCUCAGCCCAUGGUCAAGAGGAUAAAAUAUAUGACUGCUCCCAGUGUCCACAGAAGUUCUUCUUUCAGACGGAGCUGCAGAACCAUACACUGAGCCAACACAGCAGCUAACCAGGUGCUGAUGCGCCCUCGGCCAACGCCACAAUCACAGAGAACUCCACAGGAGGACAAUGACGAUGAUCCGUGUGGUUCUGUCCUUAUUUUUUUUGCACUGAACUCCAGUUUCAGUAACAGAUUGUUUUUUCACAAUGGUGAAGGAAAAAAAACUAAUGAACACAAAUGGGGUGGGAGGGGGUAAAAAAAAAAGAUAAAUGACCCAAGGUCUUUGUGAAUUGUAAUGUUCAGCAACUGGCUAACCUGUAAAUAAUGUUCUUCAUGUGUUGCUAUUCUUAAGCUAUAAAGCAGUCUUGCAUUUGCCAGUGUAAAAAAAAGUAUUUGUUACCUACAAAAAAAUAAAACAAACAAUACAUGGCCAUUGAAAUAAAGUGUAUGAAACCGA